ACCGUUGCAUAAAAGAUGUGGUUCAACUAACCACUGCAGUAGUAUUCCCUCAAUCUCUCCAACCAAAUUCACACUCAGAAAGCUAUGAAUUUGAGUAUUAUUAAUGGCGUCUCUCAUCGUCUCAUCUCAACCUAUCGUCGACCACACACUAUCAUAUCCGCGAAUUUUGAACUUCCAAGUAAAUCGAUUAAGAAAUUGGCGAACAAAGAUGAUUCCGUUACGGAGAUCUCGUCUUCUUCGAAGAUUGACCGGAAUUUAGGGAUUAAAAUCACUUCGUUGACGACUGCUAUCUCAGCUGCAAGUUUGGGUUAUAGUCAGAGUGCACAUGCCUUGAAUAUGGAAGAAAUCAUGGAAAAAACUGCUUUUUCUGUUUACACAUUGGCUGAUGGAGGCCUUGGAGAUUGGUUUGGAGGCCUCAUGUAUUCAGCCGGACAGCAGGCAAAUGAAGCUGUUCAAAUUCAAUUAGGAGCUUUAAGCUUUACUAGUUUGGCAGUUAUAUUUGGUGCGGGCCUAGUGACUAGCCUUUCCCCUUGCACGUUAAGUGUUCUACCAUUGACCCUUGGUUAUAUUGGUGCAUUUGGAUCUGGAAAAAGUAGGGCGCAGAUUGUAGGUGACUCUCUUGCAUUUGCAAUGGGUUUGGCGACUACACUAGCAUUACUCGGUGUAGCAGCUUCAGUUGCUGGAAAGGCAUAUGGACAGGUGGGACAGGGUUUACCAUUGGCGGCUUCUGGUUUGGCGGUUAUUAUGGGAUUAAAUCUUCUUGAGGUAAUAGAGCUACAACUGCCUUCAUUCUUUGACAACUUUGAUCCACGUGCUGCUGCUGCUAACUUUCCUUCAAGCAUCCAAGCAUAUUUGGCUGGUCUUACAUUUGCUUUAGCUGCAUCGCCUUGUAGUACACCUGUGCUUGCCACCCUACUUGGAUAUGUUGCAGCAUCCAAGGAUCCGUUAAUAGGUGGCAGCUUACUAUUGACUUACACGACUGGCUAUGUUGCUCCUCUGCUCCUUGCUGCUUCUUUUGCUGGAGCGUUGCAGAGUUUGCUCUCUUUCCGCAAGUUCUCAGCUUGGAUCAACCCUAUGAGCGGCGCCCUACUGUUAGGCGGCGGUGUUUAUACACUUCUAGAUAAGGCUUUCCCAGCUUCCACAAUGGUCAUGUAGAUUACAUUGAUAUAUGGGACAUGAAUCACAGAUAACAUGUAUAGUUUUAUUAUUAUCCUUGAUGCACAAGUUUUUGUGUAUUACCAGAUAGUGCUUGUAUACAGUAUGACAUUUAUCUUUUUUAUUAAAAAGAAACAGAUGGCAAAAUCUUUACAAUCUUAUUA